UCUUUUGGUUUAUAUGUGGAGCCUAUGGCUGCCAAUAUGCAUUGCUGGCUUUCAGCCAUCGCUUUUGUUCGUUUUCUUUUAUAGAGCGUUGUCCGCUGUGAAAGACCAGAGAGAUAGAGAGGCAGGGGAGAGACUUUCAGCUCGAUUAAUCACACUGAUUGAUAGCUCCUUAUUCAAUUAUAUCCAUCUUCUACCUCCUCCAUCACCCACCAUUAAAUCCAAACUACGGUGCAAAAAAAAAAGAGGAAAAAAAGAAGAGAAAAGAAGAGAGAGGGAACCAUAUGCGAAAACCCUACUACCCACAGUUUUAUUUGAUGGAUCUAUGGAUCUGACGCUUUCAUACCCACAUGUAUUGCGCAGUCUCUUUUAGAUCCCCAUCAUUUUCUUUUUGUGUUAUUCGGUGGCUGACCAGAACCGAUCUCGUUGCCUAGUUAUACUUGGUCAUCUUGGUCUGCAUUCGAGGAGGCUGCUGGGGUCUUGGUUGGAGAGGGAGGUAUUGCAUCCAUUUUUGGAUGUGGCGGAACAGGAGGCUUGCUCGGGUGAAAUGAGGGAUGUUAUCAAGGUUGAUGAACUUUCUGAGGGCCUGCUGGCUGCCGUCCUCGGACCAUUAUGUCCACAGGAGUUUGGAUGCUGCAGGCCGGCAAGAUGGACUACUUUGGUACAAAGACAUCGGUCAGCAUAUGAGUGGUGAAUUCUCAAUGGCAGUUGUCCAGGCCAACAAUUUGCUUGAGGAUCAGAGCCAGAUUGAGUCUGGUCCCUUAAGCUUGCUUGAGUCUGGCCCAUAUGGCACUUUUAUUGGAAUUUAUGAUGGUCAUGGCGGGCCUGAGACUUCACGUUUCAUAUAUGAUCAUCUAUUCCAGCAUCUAAAGAGGUUUACCUCAGAGCAACAAUCCAUGUCGGUGGAUGUGAUUCGAAAAGCAUAUCAAGCAACAGAAGAGGGAUUUCUGUCUCUUGUUACCAAACAGUGGCCUAUGAAACCUCAAAUUGCAGCUGUUGGAUCUUGCUGCCUGGUUGGUGUGAUAUGUGGUGGCACCCUCUACAUUGCCAAUGUUGGUGAUUCCCUUGCUGUUCUGGGGAGACUUGUCAAGGCAACUGGAGAAGUCCUUGCCAUCCAGCUAUCAUCAGAACAUAACGUGGGAAGAGAAUCCGUUAGACAGGAGAUGCACUCUUUGCACCCGGAUGACUCACAAAUUGUGAUUUUAAAGCAUAAUGUUUGGCGUGUUAAGGGCUUAAUACAGGUGUCUAGAUCCAUUGGUGAUGUCUAUCUGAAAAAGCCCGAAUUUAACAGAUCGCCUUUGUAUGCUAAGUUUCGCCUUCGUGAACCUUUUAAGAGGCCAAUUUUAAGCUCUGAGCCAUCAAUUUCUGUGCAUGAACUUCAACCUCAUGAUCAGUUUAUUAUAUUUGCUUCUGAUGGGCUGUGGGAGCACCUUAGCAAUCAGGAUGCGGUUGAUAUUGUUCAGAACCAUCCACACAGUGGAAGUGCCAGGAGGCUUGUGAAAGCUGCCUUGUUGGAAGCAGCUAAGAAAAGAGAAAUGAGGUACUCAGAUCUGAAGAAAAUUGACCGAGGCAUUCGCCGACAUUUUCACGAUGACAUUACUGUCAUAGUUGUUUAUCUUGAUUCAAAUCUUGUGAGCAGAGCAAGUUCGGUGAAAGGCCCUACUUUGUCUGUGAAAGGAGGCGGUGUUAAUCUACGUGCAAAAACUCUAGGCUCCUGUGACACACCCGCCGAAGUUAAUACUACCUAAUGAAGCUGCCUCUUUGAACCAUUGUUGGAUCCUUCUCAGUUUUUGACUUUCCAUCAGCUUGUAUAUCAAGGGAAGCUGAAGUCAAUUAAUUUCUUCUUCUUUCUUGUUUUUUUGUUGCCUUUUUCUGUACAAUGUAACAUUUAACUUGAGACAUGCAUUUUAUUAGUUUUGAAGAUCUUAUUCACAAAUUGUGCA